GCUGUUAGCUAGCUCUGGUUGUGGGUGAGAGAGAAGCUUCAGAGCUCUAAAGAGAGAAGAGAGAAAUAGUUGAAGACCCUUGACUUGAAGACUGGUCUUCCUCCUUCUCCUCCUCCAGUUUUGAAUCAUCAACGUGGUUUCAAAGCCACGCACAUCUCUCACAGCUUCAUAACUCGAUACAUCUCCCUCUCUCUUUUCUCAAACCCCAAACACUUUCUCAUUCCACACCACAACACAUCAUGCCUCUGGAAUCGCCAUCCCUUCUAAACCCGCUUUGGUUCCUCCUCUUCCUCCUAACCACCAAUGCCGCCGCUCUAACAACAACAAAAACUCACGUCUUCAAAGAAGCACCCAAGUUCUACAACUCCCCUACCUGCCCUUCCCUCCACAACGACUCCACCGUCUGCUCCGACGUGGCCGUCCACGUCGCCAUGACCCUCGACGCUGCCUACCUCCGCGGCUCAAUGGCCGCCAUCCUCUCCGUCCUCCAACACUCCUCAUGCCCUGAAAACGUCAUCUUCCAUUUCGUCGCCGCAGCUUCUACCUCAAACUCUAUACUUCUAACACAAACAUUGACCACCUCUUUCCCAUACUUGAAAUUCCGAGUCUACCCCUUCGGCGACUCCGCCGUGGCGGGGCUGAUCUCCACCUCUAUAAGGUCCGCCCUAGACUGCCCUCUCAACUACGCGCGCAACUACUUAGCCACUCUCCUCCCGCCAUGUGUCCGCCGCGUCGUCUACCUCGACUCCGACCUCGUACUCGUCGACGACAUUGCCAAGCUCGCCGCCACACCUCUCGGCCCCUACGCCGUCCUCGCCGCGCCGGAGUACUGCAACGCCAACUUCACCACGUACUUCACACCGACGUUUUGGGCCAACCCGACUCUCUCCUUAACUUUCGAGGGCCGCGACGCUUGUUACUUCAACACCGGCGUCAUGGUCAUCGACCUCGACCGGUGGCGUGACGGCGGCUACACCAACAAGAUCGUUGAGUGGAUGGAGCUUCAGAAGCGAAUGCGGAUCUACGAGCUCGGUUCUUUACCUCCUUUUCUCCUAGUCUUCGCCGGAAACAUCGCCUCCGUCGACCACCGGUGGAACCAGCACGGCCUCGGCGGCGACAACUUCCGGGGGCUUUGUCGGGAUUUGCACCCCGGUCCGGUGAGCCUGCUUCAUUGGAGCGGCAAAGGGAAACCGUGGGUCCGGCUCGACACAAACCGGCCUUGCCCUUUGGAUGCGUUGUGGGCCCCGUAUGAUCUGUUACAGACACCUUUCGCGCUAGAGUCUUAG